GUCGCGCUCUGUGAGCAGUCAAAGGCGAAGCGCGCGAGGAACAGGAGGAUUGACUGGAGAUGUCGAAGAGAAAGAGCAGUAAUUCAGUGCAGACACCUGAUAAGAGAAGCCGGUUGUCUCAACCCGAGCUCUCUGAAGAGGAUGAAACGGGCUACUUCAGUUCAGGAGACGGCUUGAGCACAUCAGAGAGUGUCACAGGUGAAGUGGGCAUCAUAGAGAGUAUCUCUCUAAGGAACUUCAUGUGUCACUCGAUGCUUGGUCCCUUUGCGUUUGGUCCAAACGUCAACUUUAUUGUAGGAAACAAUGGAAGUGGAAAAAGUGCCUUGCUGAAAGCUCUGAUAGUAGCCCUGGGCGUUAAAGAUCACACCACAAACAGAGGCUCCUUUAUCAAAGGAUUUGUGAAGGAAGGAGAGAGUUCUGCAGAUGUGUCCAUCACUCUGAGGAACAGGGGUCAUGAUGCUUAUAAGCCAGAAGUGUUUGGGCAGUCCAUCAUCGUAGAUCUUCAUAUCUCCAGCGAGGGAAUGAAGACAUAUGAACUAAGAAGUAAAGCAGGUCGCUUAGUGUCAUCACAAAAGGAAGAACUGAUCUCCAUUUUGGAUCACUUUAACAUCCAGGUGGACAAUCCGGUCUCUAUCCUAACUCAGGAAAUGAGUGAACACUUCCUCCACUCCAACGGAGAGGGUGAAAAAUAUAAAUUUUUCAUGAAGGCCAUCCAGUUUGAUCAGAUGAAAGAAGAUUACAGCUACAUCAUGAAGACCAAGACCAUGACUCAGAAUACAGUGGAGAAGCACAGGGAGACUCUACAAGAGCUGAAGAGAAAGUACCAUGAGAAAGAAGAGCGCUAUAAAAGUCUGGAUUCACUUGAUGAAAUGCAAAAGAAGUUGGAUGAGCUGAAGAAUCAGAUGGCCUGGGCUCUGGUGGCAGAGGUGGAGCAGGAGAUGAAGCCAAUGAGAGAACGAAUCACAGCUGAAGAGAGGUCAACUGUCAAAUAUGACCAGAAGGUUGAAGAGUGGGAGGCGAAAGUUCAGGAGGCCUACAGGAUAUGGGGACAGUUGCAGGAUCAGCUGGAGGGUGUGACGCAGCAGAUGCAGCAGCUGCAGCCACAGUGCGCUGAACUGAAGAGCCGAGCACAGGCUUGCAACACAGAUCUCAAAGCCACUGAGGCUAGUCUUCAUCGUAAAAAGACUAACUUGAGAGACCUUGAAAAGGAUAAAGAUCGGCUUAACAAGCGGAUCCAAAAACUCAAACACAGCAUAAGUCAGACGAACUCCGCUGACACUCAUGUGGAGAAGUUGAAUCACAUUCAAGCUGAACUGGAACCACUACUGGGUCAAACGAGGAAAGAUAGUUAUUGGGCCCAUGAAGAAGUCAAGAAAGCCCAGGAAUGCUGUCGUAAGCUUCAAGCCGAGCUUACAGAAUUGCAAAAUGUUGAGGAACCUCAGUCAGAAGAUUUGAAAACUUUGGAAGAGGAACUGGAGGAGCUCAGCAGCCGAAUAAGUGCGUGUCGAGAGGAAUUUGAAGCUGCAAGGAAUCAGAUGCUGACACACAAGAGGGAAUAUGAGGAGGCUGAGCAGCUCUCCCGGCAGCAGAGGGAAGCUUUUAACAGCAUUGCAGAGGAAGCUGAGACCAUUAAGGAGCAAUUGAGCAACAGUGAUCAGGAGUUGGCGUGGAGUAAACAUCUUAAAAAACACUAUGAAGAGAAGCGGAAAGCCCAUGUGGACAAGAUUGAGACACUAAAGAAGAAACUGAAAGACAAGGACCAGGUGUUACAGGUUUCCAUGGCGAAAGCCUCAGAAAUCUGCCCCGAGCGUCUGGGUGUAAGGAGAACAGCGAAGAGUUUGGAAAGUGAGAUCAGCCACCUCAAACACCAGAUCUAUACACAGCAAGACCAGCAAGGGCAGAGAGACACUAUUGUCAGGCAGUUUCAUGAGGCGAAGGAAAACUUCAGUAACAUGACCCAACAGGUGAAGAGUCUGGAGGCUAUCAUCCACCAGUUAACUGAGAUCAUAAACACCAGACACGUCUAUGCUGAACUGAGAAUGUAUCUUUCUGUGCGCUGUAAGUACUACUUUGAAUCCAUGCUGUCUCAGAGAGGAUACAUAGGGAAGAUGAUCUUUGACCAUGAGAAUGAGACACUUUCCAUAUUAGUUCAGCCAGGAGAGGGUGAUAAUGCUGAUCUGAGGGACAUGCAUUUUCUGUCUAGAGGAGAGCAUUGGUUUUCUACCGUGUGCUUCAUCCUGUCACUGUGGGCCAUAACUGACGCUCCGUUCCGUGCUUUAGAUGUGUUUGAUGUAUAUAUGGAUAUGGUGAACCGGAGGAUCUCCAUGGACAUGAUGCUGAAGAUUGCUGCCAGUCAGCGCUACAGACAGUUUAUUUUCCUCACACCACAGAGCAUGAGUUCUCUGCCAGCCAAUAGCCUGAUCCGCAUCCUCCGUCUGAGUGACCCUGACCGCAGCCAGUCUGCUCUUCCCUUUGGUCAGAGGAACCCAGAAUAAUGCUGCUAUCCUUUGAACGUCAUCUUGUGUAUCAGCAAAUCAAGUCAAAUCAGGCAAAGUACUUCCAGCUGACAGCUGCACUUUCUAUGUGCACAAGUGUACAGGCUUUUUUUUCCAAGAUCAUUUAAAUGUAUAUUUAUAAAUACUUUGGUUAUUUUAAACCAACAUUUGCAGGUUCAGUUUUUUUUUUUUUUUUUUUUUUUUUUCUAAAAUAAUAGUCUUCAAAAAAUUGUGAUUGCAAUGCUAUUUGCAUUUGUACCUAUUGAAUAAGGCAUAUAAAGGCCAGCUCUAGGGUGUUGCUCUCAUUUGAUUUAUUUCAUUUUCAGUCUUCCAUUAUUUUAUUUUUUUAUAACUGAACUAAUUAAAAAAAAUUACUUUUUUGUUGUAUAACAAGAAUUCAUCUGUUACUAUUGUGUUUGGUCAUUCAAAAAUUAUUUUUUUAUUACUGGUGUAACAGCAUGGAAAAAUGAAAAGCCCGUUUCAGUUGAAGGAAGUCACAAGAGAUAAUCGUAUUACCUGUUUUCCAUUUCCCUUUUUUGUAUUAACAGCAAGUUAUGAAUCUUUAAACAUUGACCUUGAAUACAUCCGGCUUCUGAAUGGGCAGAAUGCAAAUAAUGCUGUAAAUGGUGGUUUCACAGUAAAGCUUAUGACAUACAGUCACAAUGGCACUGAUUCAGUUCUGUGAAGAUCUUUAAACCUGUGCUUCAGUAGUGAUUACGUGAUGGUGUCCAUUCAUCUCUGCAAGUCUCUUAUUUGACUCCAAGUUCCUCUUUGUGGAGUAACAUCCUGUCAUUUUUGAGGCGGUUCCCCUUGACAUACAUUUGUGGUUUUUAUGACUGAUUGUGUGCAAGCUGGGGACUGAACAUUAUGUUGCCUGUUCAUUUCUCAUUCAUUGUUCAAUGUUUUCUAUAGGGCUGAAACGAUUAGUCGACAUUUUUGACAGUGUCGAUAAUAAAAAAUUGUCUACAAAUAUUUUUGUUGUCGAGUAGUCGUUUGAUUUAAUUUGACCUUAUUUACAGCACGCAAAAAUGCGGUUUUGAUCAGUGUGGCGCUGUAGUGCAAGACUAUAAUUCAGCCCUCCUCGAUGCAAUUCAAGAGAAGAAGAGAAACAGCGCUCAGCACUGCUUGAGAGAAAUGCCAUAGACAGUAAAAGAAAUGGACACAGCGACCAAGUGAAGCCUAUUUUUAGCGUUUUUUAGCACUUCCGUUUCUGACGCGCAGACUCAAACGAAGCUUGACGACGUCAGCAACCUGUCUGACAGAUGUAAAUCUUCUAGUAGCUGUGCGUGCAAACUGCCAUCGUUAAUCUUGCAGAGACGGCGAGCUUGAGCGGGGAGUUCUUUGUCGUGAGUGAGCAGGAGUAAGUAUUCUGAUUAAUUAUUUUGUACAGUAUUUUAAAAUGUAACGCCAGUACGCCGUAUUAGGUUAAUUGCCUGCGAGCUUCUCCUCCUGUCUGUACGGUAAUGCGACAGAGAGACGAGUGGUUAUGACGCAAUCGUUAGCCUAUUUUUACAAAAACUGUUUCUACGGGGCCAUAAUGUAACAUAGAAGGUAAUAGAGCCCUUUAUACAUUGUCGUGUAUCUUUAGAAAUAAAUAAUGGACAAACAGGGUCUUUAAACGCCUCAGAUGUAAAAUUAUUCGCUGUCAAAGUGACGCCAAAAUGAAUGGGAGUCAAUGGGAAUGCUAACGCAAGUGAAGUUCUGCUAAAAGAUGGCGGCACGCGGCCGACUUCAACUUCCGGUCGACUUCCAUGCCGCCUGAGAAAUGCACCCGAGCCGAACCGAAUGGCGUUUGGAUAUGAAAAUAUAUGAUGCAAGGAUCCUUUAAAUUGACAAAGACAUUUAUAAUGUUAUAAAAUAUUUCUAUUUCAGAUAAAUGCUGAUCUUCUGAACUUUCUAUUCAUCAAAGAAACCUGAAAUAAUUAUAUUCAGCUGUUUUCAACAUAAUAAUAAUAAAUGUUUUUUUGGAGCAGCAGAUCAGUAUAUUAGAAUGAUUUCUGAAGGAUGAUGUGACUGGAGUAAUGAUGCUAAAUAUUCAGCCUUGAACUCACAGGAAUAAAUUACAUAUUAAAAUAUAUUCAAAUAAACAGUUAUUUGAAAUAGCAAAAAAAUAUUUCAAAAUGUUAGUGUUUUUGCUGUACUUUGGAUCAAAUACAUGCAGGCUUGAUGACCAGAAGAUACUUCUUUAAAACAAUGUUACAGUUCUGGACUGCUAGUGUAUAUUGUGAA